AUGCUGAAGAAGAUCUCGUCCCUCGCCGCUGGCAGCUAUGGCCAUCACGGCUCUGGCAAGCCCCUGCACGUUCGUCGCAGGAGUUUAGAUGAUGACCAACUUCGAAGACAAAGCCGGAACAGCCGCAGUGACGACUCAGGGACAGAUGGCUCACAACCGGAAGCAGAAGGUCUCAAGAACGCCAUGGAGAUGCUGAUCGCUGAGAACAAGCACUUGAAAACGCUCAUUCAAGAGCGCGAUGGGCGAGCCAGUUCAGUGAACACGACAGAGGAGAGGGGAGAGGUGGAGGCACUGAGGAAAGAAUGCUCCGAAGCAAAGGAUGAGUUGACCAGACUGCGGCAGCAACUGGAGUCCAAGGGGGAACUCAUUGAAUCGAUGAAACGCGAAAGGUUACUGCAGAGCGAGGAAGGGGUGCAGGAACUCCGUGAAAAAAUCCGGUCACUGGAGGCCCAGCUCGACUUUGAGUGCAGGAACCAUGCCGAGGAGCUGGAGGAGAAGGAGGCGAGGAUAGCUGACCUUGAAAUGCAGCUGUUGGAUGCUCAGCAGAAAUCUUCCGGAGAGGCAUUUCCGCGUCAUGAAUCAGUAACUGCAGAGGAGAAACAACAGAGGGAGGAGCUGAAGACUCAGCUUGCGGCCAAGGCGGCUGAGGCGUCGAGGAAAGAUGCGGAGAUAAGUAGGCUUCAGGCAGAGCUUGAAGCCAGCAAGGCUGAGAUCGCCAACAGGAAGGCAGAGCAGUCCACUUCUUCUGAAGAUGAGGAGCGCGCCAAGGACUUAAGCAGGCGCAUAAAGAUCUUGGAGGCGAAGCUGGGUGAAGAAGAAACCAAAAGAAUUGCAGCUGAAGAAGCCCUCGCUCUCCAACGAGCUAAUGCAGCAGAGACGGAGGAGGGCAAAUGUUCUUUGGAGGAAUUACGAAGAGAAAUUCAAGAAAAAGAUGCCGCACUUCAGGGGAUAAGUCGGCAACUGCUAGAGGUUUCUGCGGAGAAAGACGAACUUGAACAGCUGCAGAAGCUCCGGGAGGAGCCGCCAGCUCCUGAGACGCCACGUGCGCUCACCAGCAGACGCAGUUUUUUCGGGCGCAGCAAGUCAACGGCUUUGGAGAGGGAUGCUCUUGCUGCUCAAGUGCAACACCUCGAAGAGCAGCUGCAGAAACUCACAGACAAACGGGUGGACCUCGAGAGGACGAAAGUUAAACUUGAAGGACAGCUAGCUGAGGCUCUGCAAGAUGUUCGUCAGGCACGGAAAGAGAAGUCAGACCUCGAAAAUAGGCUAAUGGAAAGGGAGGCAGCUCUUGAGGCUCUUCGCGCUGCUCAUGCGGACGUGAAAAGGCCUCUCGACGUCCCUCAGAGCAUUAUCCUGCCGCUGCCAAAAGGCCGCGAAGAUGCAGAGUUAGACGCAAAGGCGCAGCUAGUGCUCAAGGAUGGAGUCAUCAGGACGCUCAGCAGCAGGAUUGCGUUUUUGCAGUUUGCUUUGAAUGAGGUCACAGCAGAGAAAGACAGGCUCUUGUCGCAACCAGCAACCGUUGCGCUGCAGCAACAACUGCAGGAGGCGAGGAGGGAACUACUCGAGGCCUCCGCCAAAUACCGCAGCGUGGUCACCCAGCGAACAGAGCUGAGGGAAAAGGUUAAGGCGUUGACCAACGAUUUUGAGACGGCCAGUCGAGAAAUAGCAGCUCUCAGGGCUGCGCUAGACGAGUCACAGACGCGGUUGGCUACAACUGCUGACAAGUUUAAGGAGCAGAAUGACAGAUACCGCAGUCUUGUCUCAUCUUCGCUUUCAAAGAUAGAGGAGCUACAGGAUGAAGUGUCGAGGGAGCGUAACAGCAAAAUAUUGGUGGGGAAGGUUUACCGGCAGGAGAUGCUGGAGCUGAGGAAAGCAGCGGUGCACGCGGGGGGAGUGCCAGGUGAUCCCGUGCGGCCUCUGUCUAUUAUGAAAGAGCAGCAGCAACACGAGAGGACGCAAGUGAAAGCUCAGCCUCCGCAGAACUCGCUCUCGCAUUCUAAGGCCGCUCCUCUCUCUACGGCAGCAGCGGAAGGGCAGCCUGUGCUGUCUGCUCCGUUGAGAGGUAUGGGUGGGCAAGCUCCAGCGGCCUCCUGCCCGUUCAGCCGCGGCGUACCAGUUACAGUCACUGUACCGAUGCCACAAGCAGACUUUGCAGUCAUUCCUAUGUGCUGUCCUGCGGAAUGGGCCACAAAAGUAGUAAGAGAAUCGAACGCGCAGCAUGCGAGCUUACCGAAAACAGCGAGCCCGACAGAACAGCAGAGACAAGCGGCACGAAUUUUGCAUGCACCUGUAGAACAGCACGAAGUCGACGGCAGCUGCAUUGAGAGACUCCAGCAACCUCAAGCGACGCUGCCAGAUCCUGAUCUCCAUGAGAUAUUGGAUGCUCCACGCGCCACGGCGAGCUUGACGCCCAUAGCCAUCAGCCCUGCACAAAAGCCUGCAAGCGCAGCCCAGCCUCCUUCAACCAGGCUGCAAACGCACGAGACACCUUAUCAUCAGCAGCUCCACACAAGGCAAGACGUGGAGAAAGAACCUGGAGAGCGGCAGCAGGAAGCUGCGGCUUCCGCCAGGGCGCAGCACAAGCCUUCCGAACUCACGGGUGCUGCAAUGGAGCCCAGUAAGAUAGAGUCACCAAAGCAGCAAUUCUGUGCUGAAGCUGGCAUCCUUCCUCAGCAGCAGGUGCAGCACUGUGCGGAUCUUCCGUUUGCUACUGUAGGCAGCAGCAGCAGUGCCGCCCCUUCCGCAGUUGGCACCCGAAUGCUCGCGGGCAGUGGCUCUCUAGAUGCCGUAACACUUUGCGGGGAUCGCGAAGGGACCGCCACUUUGCCGGCGCCCAUUGACGGCACCACGCUUCUUCGUGAUUUGCAGCAAAUUCAAAGCAAAAAGAAGGUGCUUUUCACUCCUGGCCACAGCAGUCGGGGCUCCCCUGUUGAGGGAAACCCCUUUGAGGCCGAAGAGGACAGCAUUCUCGAUUUGUCUUAA